CGGUGUUGCAUCCAAAGUCCAUUUUGCACGCUGUGUCACUUUGAAGAGAAGAAGAGUGACUGGAGAUUCUACGUGGUUUCAAGCAAAAAAAUGAGCAUGAGGGAGAUCAGCAAGAACGUGGAGAUGGCCCGGGAGUACGCCCUGCUGGGCAACUACAGUUCCGCCAGCGUCCUGUACGCGGGGCUACUGCAGCAGAUCAAAACCUACGCGCACACCACGCGGGACAGCAGCAUCCAGCACAGAUGGCAGCAGCUGUGGCAGGAACUCAAAGACGAGAACCAGCAGGUUCUGGACAUCAUGCUGUCUCUGGAGAACUUUGAGCUGAACGCGGCCCCUCCAAAACCCGCCGCCUACGGCGACUGUGAAAUGAGGCCUGUGCACGUGGAGCACAGAUAUUCGCCGGGUCCGGUGCGUCUGCCUUCUAACGCCUACAAAGUCAACAACCGUCUGAGCGCCGCUGUGAGAGCGCAGACCAAACAUUCACCCCGCGGGGACAGAAGUAAAACCUCGAAGGGGAAAGACCAGAAAGACACAAAGGAAACUGCUGGAAAAACAAAAGACGAGAAGAAUAAAGCAGAUCUCCAAGAGAAAGAAGUGAAGAAGUUUGAUGGGACGGGAUAUGACAAGGACCUGGUGGAGGCUCUGGAGAGGGACAUCAUAUCUCAGAAUCUCAACAUUAAGUGGGAUGACAUUGCAGACUUGGAAGAUGCCAAGAAGCUCCUGAAGGAGGCGGUAGUGUUGCCCAUGUGGAUGCCAGCGUUUUUCAAAGGCAUACGAAGGCCGUGGAAGGGCGUGCUGAUGGUGGGACCGCCCGGCACGGGGAAAACACUUCUGGCUAAAGCGGUUGCGACUGAAUGCCGAACAACGUUCUUCAACGUGUCCUCGUCCACUCUGACCUCCAAGUACAGAGGCGAGUCUGAGAAACUCGUCCGCCUUCUCUUUGAAAUGGCACGUUUUUAUGCUCCCACCACCAUCUUCAUCGACGAGAUUGACUCCAUGUGCAGCCGCAGGGGGACGUCGGAGGAGCACGAGGCCAGUCGCAGAGUCAAAGCCGAGCUGCUGGUGCAGAUGGAUGGUGUUGGUGGAGCAACAGAGAGUGAUGAUCCAUCAAAGAUGGUGAUGGUUCUGGCUGCCACCAACUUCCCAUGGGACAUUGAUGAGGCUUUGAGACGGCGACUUGAGAAGAGGAUCUACAUCCCGCUGCCUUCAGCCAAAGGCCGCGUGGAGCUGCUCAGGAUCAGCCUGAAGGAGCUGGAGCUGGCCGACGACGUGAACCUGGACAAGAUCGGAGAGCAGAUGGAGGGUUACUCCGGAGCCGACAUCACCAACGUCUGCAGGGACGCCGCUCUGAUGGCCAUGAGGAGUCGAAUCGAGGGCCUCACGCCGGAGGAGAUUCGCAACAUUUCCCGGGAUGAGAUGCACAUGCCAACCACCAUGAACGACUUCGAGUCGGCGCUGAAGAAAGUGUCCAAAUCUGUGUCUGCGGCAGAUCUGGAGAAGUAUGAAAAGUGGGUGGAAGAGUUUGGGUCAUGUUGAA